AUGGCUUCAUGCGUCGAUCUCGUGGCUCGCGUUCGUCCGUCGUGUGCGGCGCUUGUAGCGCACAAGUCGUCGUCUGUGCGCGUCAAUACCGAUGCAGUGCAUACGUUUGCUGCGAAAGUGUCCGAUGUGUUUCGAGCGACUCCGCCAGUCGCUGAGUUUAUGACGUUCCCGCUGACGUUCCGCUCGCAACAGGACGAACUUAACUUUCUAACGCUGUAUGGACUGCUGAGCUUUGGCAGCGGAUACCGCAAGGACUUGCACAAGUACGCGGAUCGAGGAGCUCAUGAUACCAUUGUGUUUGGGCUUAUCGGCAUGUACAUCUCCGUGCCCAAGCUAGACGCUGCGUUUUUGCAGAACGUCAGUGUGGACAUUGUUGCGUCUUACUUUGGUAUUCCACUGGAAAAAGAUGAAGAGGUGUCUCGAGGCAUUUAUAUGGCCAAGCCGGGACCGCUGAAGCCACUGGCUGUAAUGAUUCAGAAAGUACUGAAUGAAAGUGGACAGAAGCUGGUUGAUAUGAAGCUGGCAGAUUUUGGAGCUUUCGUUCUAGCCCACCUGUCACCAAAACACACAAAUGAGUUGAGGGCGAAGAGCCCUGAAGGUUCUGGCGCUAGCGCCGCGUACCUCGUUACUCAGCUUGUGGCUGUAUUUCCCGGCUUUGACGAUCACAACGAGUUCCAUGGCGAGAAAGUGUAUUUUCUCAAACGCGCACAAUUGGCCGUUGCAUGUAUAUACCGUCGAUUUAAGGACUCGGACCCGAUGCUGGCGUUUACCGACAUCAACAAGCUCACGGCGUUCAGUGACAAUGUUCUGCCAUGUGUGCUGCACGCCCUGGGAAUGCUCGAGUACGAUACAGAGUUGGAGAGCUUGAUCAACCGCGGCGAGGAGCUUCGCGCCGGUCAACGGGAAUGCGAACUUCGAGCUGCUGCGAUCGUGGCGUGUGACCAGAUUGUAAUGGCGAGUGACGGCCGUAUCGGCACCCUCGAGCUAGAUUUCUACUUGUGGCGUAUGGGCAAGGAGGACCGCUUUCGUGGUCUCGAGCGCCACGCCACGCGAGACACGUUUUUCUACUAA